AUGAGAACAUUGCAAAAGGGCCAGGACCUACAAGAGCUUGUUAAAGGGGUAGAGAAAUUUCCUUAUGACUCUCCCACCUGGCUAUGGGGAAACAAGGAUGCCCUCCUGGGCUAUGACCAUGACUACAGGGAGGUAAUCCUGGGGAGAUCAGACCCAAAGUCUCAUGGAUCUUACAGAUUCCUGGCUCCUUGGAUUGGGUAUGGCCUGCUCCUGUUGAAUGGGCAUAUGUGGUUCCAGCACUGGCAGAUGCUGACCCCACCGUUCCCCUAUGACAUUCUGAAACCCUAUGUGGGGCUCAUGGCCGACUCUGUCCAAGUGAUGCUGGACAAAUGGGAGGAGCUCACUAGACAGGACUCACAUCUGGAGACCUUUGGACACAUCUCCUUGAUGACCCUGGACACCAACAUGAAGUGCGCCUUCAGCCACCAGGGCAGCGUCCAGACAGACAGGAACUCCCAAUCCUACAUCCAGGCCACUGGGGACUUAAACAAUCUGUUUUUUUCUUGGAAGACGAAUGCCUUCUACCAGAAUGACAUCAUCUACAGGGUGACCCCUGAUAGACACUUGAGCCACCAGGCCUGCCAGCUUGCCCCUCAACACACAGUGGAAAAGCUGAGAAAGGCUCACCUGCAGAAGGAGGGAGAGCUGGAGAAAGUCAGGAAGAAGAGGCACUUGGAUUUCCUGGACAUCCUCCUCUUUGCCAAAAUGGAGAAUAGGAGCAGCUUGUCUGACAAGGGCCUCGAUGCAGAGGUGGACAUGUACAUGUUCAAGGGCCAUGACACCACAGCCAGGGGCAUCUCCUGGAUCCUCUAAGUUCUGGCCGCACACCCAUCACACACAAGGUGA